CAUCAAUAGCCACUCCUUUGCAUGUAUGGUGUGUCUAUAAAUACUGAGAGCUAUGAGAGAGCCUCUUCAUCAUUCGAGCUUCUCCAAAUUCCAAUUUGUCAUCAAGAUGAAAAGUUUCUUUGCGCUUCUCGCCUUCUCUUCACUUCUUCUGUUGGCAAGCACCAUCACAGCAAGGAAAGAGCCUGCUGAAUAUGUGAAGACUACCUUGGAGCAAGUAGCCAAAGAUCUUUCUAUAGAUCCAUCUUCUUUUGUUCCCUUUUACCACAGAAAGCAAAAUGACAUUUCUGUUGAUCCAUCGUCUUUUAUUCCCUUUUACCACGGAAAGCCAAAUGGCCUUUCUGUAGAUCCAUCGUCCUUUAUUCCCUUUUACCACGGAAAGCAAAAUGACCUUUCUGUUGAUCCAUCGUCUUUUGUUCCCUUUUACCACGGAAAACCAAAUGGUCUUUCUGUAGAUCCAUCGUCAUUUGUUCCCUUUUACCAUGGAAAGCCAAACGACCUUUCUGUAGAUCCAUCGUCCUUUGUUCCCUUUUACCAUGGAAAGCCAAAUGAUCUUUCCGUAGAUCCAUCGUCCUUUGUUCCCUUUUAUCGCGGAAACAAAAAUGGCAAUUCUGUAGAUCCAUCAUCCUUUAUUCCCUUUUAUCAUGGAAAGGCAAAUCGCCUUUCUGUAGAUCCAUCUUCAUUGGUUCCCUUUUACCACGGAAAGCCAAAUGGCCUUUCUAUAGAUCCAUCGUCCUUUGUUCCCUUAUACCACGGAAAUCGAAAUGGCUUUUCUGUUGAUCCAUCGUCCUUUGUUCCUUUUUACCACGGAAAUCGAAAUGAUCUUUCUGUAGAUCCAUCUUCUUUUAUUCCCCUUUAUCAGGGAAACCAAAAUGGCCUUUCUGUAGAUCCAUCAUCCUUUAUUCCUUUUUACCACGGAAACGAAAAUAGUGAUCAAAACACCAAGAUUAAUGAAGAAGGUGUUGCCAAAGUUGUUUCUCCUGAUCAUCAGUAAACAGUACUAGUAGAUGAUAAGCAAAACCAAACUUCAAUAGAAAAUCCUAUCAAUAAUAAGUAUGUAGUUUGAAGUUUGUUAAUGCCUUUAUGUGGCAAAUUGUAGUAGUUUAUGACCUUGGAUGAUUUAUCUUCUAUGUUUGUAGUGUUGUUAUCAUUGUUGACUACUCUUGUAUGCAUUUCUUUAACUAAAUAAAUUAUUAUGGCUUGUGUUAUAUAUGCAUAGGCCAUAGUUGUGAA